AUGUCGGUUUCUUCGUCCAAAGCUAAGAGAGAGCAGAAGCGUGCCGAGAAGGAGGCCGCCAAGACUGCCGCCGGAAAGACCACCAAGAAGACCAAGAAGCAGGCCAUCAAGGACUCCGAAGAAAAGGAUGUGGACGAUGCCGCGGCUCAGAUUGCCAAGUUGAAGUUGCAGCAGGACGAGCACGGGCUUUCGGACCGUGUCACGACCGGUGUUUUGGAGUCGUUGCCUACAUCGAAGGAUGUCAAGAUCUCGUCGUUGUCUUUGCUUUUCCACGGCAAGAACCUUAUCCAGGACACGACGGUGGAGUUGAACUUCGGCAGAAGAUACGGUUUGUUGGGUGAGAACGGGUGCGGAAAGUCCACCUUCUUGAAGUCGUUGGCGGCCCGGGAGUUCCCCAUCCCAGACCACAUCGAUGUGUACUUGUUGAACGAGCCAGCCGAGCCUUCCGAAUACUCUGCUUUGGAGUAUGUGGUCAGAGAGGCCGAGGGUGCAUUGAAGAACUUGGAGGACCAGGUCGAGAAAAUCAUUGUCGAGGACGGCCCCGACCACCCAUCCUUGGAGCCCAUGUAUGAGCGUAUCGACGCCAUGGACCCCUCCACUUUCGAGUCUCGUGCCGCUGUGAUCUUGCACGGUUUGGGCUUCACGGGUGUGACCAUCAACAAGAAGACCAAGGACAUGUCCGGUGGAUGGAAGAUGCGUGUGGCGCUCGCCAAGGCGCUUUUCGUCAAGCCAACGCUCUUGCUUUUGGAUGACCCCACUGCACACUUGGACUUGGCCGCAUGCGUGUGGUUGGAAGAGUACUUGAAGAGAUGGGACCGUACGUUGAUUUUGGUCUCGCACUCCCAGGAUUUCUUGAACGGUGUGUGUACCAACAUGCUUGACAUGAGAAUGAAGACAAUCAUGCAGUACGGUGGUAACUACGACUCGUACGUGAAGACACGUGCUGAGUUGGAGGUGAACCAGAUGAAGUCCUACCAGAAGCAGCAGGAUGAGAUUGCCCACAUCAAGAAGUUCAUCGCUUCCGCCGGUACCUACGCCAACUUGGUCAGACAGGCCAAGUCCAGACAAAAGAUCUUGGACAAGAUGGAGGCCGAUGGCUUGAUCCAGCCCGUUGUUCCCGACAAGGUUUUCACGUUCCGCUUCCCUGAUGUCGAGAAGUUGCCUCCUCCAGUGUUGGCUUUCGACGACAUGUCCUUUUCUUACUCGGGUAAGGACGAGGACAACUUGUAUGAACAUUUGGACAUCGGUAUUGACAUGGACUCUCGUGUUGCCCUCGUGGGACCUAACGGUGUGGGUAAGUCCACUUUGUUGAACUUGUUCCAGGGUAAGUUGGUGCCUCAAAAGGGUAGAGUCAUCCAGCACACGCACAUCAAGUUGGGUGUCUACUCUCAGCACUCUCAAGACCAGUUGGACUUGACCAAGACGCCUUUGGAGUUUGUCAGAGACAGAUUCUCCAGCAUCUCGCAAGACUUCCAGUACUGGAGACUGCAGUUGGGCCGUUUCGGUUUGACCGGUGAGGGCCAGACCUCGCAGAUGGCUACUUUGUCCGAGGGCCAGAGAUCCAGAGUUGUGUUUGCCUUGUUGGCCAUUGAGUCCCCCAACUUGAUCUUGUUGGAUGAGCCUACUAACGGUUUGGACUUGUCCACUAUCGACUCGUUGGCUGACGCCAUCAAGGCUUUCAAUGGUGGUGUUGUUGUGGUGUCGCACGACUUCAGAUUGUUGGACAAAGUCGCAAAGGAUAUCUAUGUCAUCGAAGACAAGACGGCCACCAGAUGGGAGGGCUCGAUCUUGGACUACAAGAAGAAGUUGGCUUCUGCUGUCGUGAUCUAA